AUGACUUCCACUCAUGCACAUCCCAACGAGCCGGGAUCUUCGUUUCAACUUGAGAACAGGAUGGAGAUACAGUCCAUAUCAGGCCAGGCCCCGGAAGACACCGAAACAAUGGACGAGUUUAGAGCUAGACUGAUUAACGCCAUUGACCAGAUGAUGUUCGUCUCUGGAGAGACAGCCGAACCGUCUGCAGAAACGACUACUCUGAUCGAGGAGAUUGUGCGCCAGCAGGUUAUUGAAAUGCUCACUCGCAGCACUGCUUUGGCUACCCGUCGUGGUAACCGUUCAAUCUCAACCGACGAUCUGAUUUUCCUCAUUCGCCACGACAAAGCGAAAGUUUCUCGUCUUCGAACUUUCCUGUCCUGGAAAGACGUUCGCAAGAAUGUCAAAGACUCUGACGACAAAGCUGGGGCUGAUGCUGCUGAUUUUGCCGCAGCUGAUGAUCCGUUGGCUGGCGCUGGCGUCGCCGGACCGCAGGACGUUGCCGCGAAACCCAAGAAUAAGAGGGCGAAAGUUGGUUUGCCUUGGGAUGUCAACAGCUUUUACUCUGUCCAGGUACCCGAGAGGGAAGAUGAGGAAGACGAGGAGGAAGAGGAGCAGAAUUAUGCCACCCUCCAGCGUCUCGCGACAGCUGAUGAACGAACCAAGAACAUGACCAAGGAAGAAUACGUGUUCUGGUCCGACUGCCGUCAGGCUUCUUUCACUUUCCGCAAGGGCAAGCGGUUUCGCGAGUGGGCUGGAUUUGGUGUCGUGACUGAGUCGAAGCCCAACGAUGAUAUCGUCGACAUUCUCGGCUUCCUUACCUUCGAGAUUGUCCAGACGCUCACCGAAGAGGCUCUGAAGGUCAAGGAUCGCGAGGAUCGUGAAAAGAAGAGCCGUGGAGGCGGUGACAGUGGAAACGGGGAAAACCCCAAGAAGCGCAAGCGCGAGACCGGCCUGUUUGAUCCUCCUGAGGAGGGCAGGACUCCGAUUGAGCCGAGGCACAUUCGCGAGGCGUACCGCAAACUGCAGUCGACUCCGCAGAAAGCGAUCGCGAUGCUCCUUCACGAUGGACGCGUUCCUCCCCGUUUCCCUCUCAGACUGAUCUAA